UGUGGACCGUAAUGUGGUAUAAUCAAACAGAUGAUGAGAAACCUGCAGCAUAAAAUGGUGUAUGAAACCCCCAAUUCACUACCGCUCUCCUCAUACGAAAAUUGAAUAAAACCCUAAUUCUCCGUGCAACAAAAUUAGAAGAAACUACCAAUGGAGGAUUCUUCAAUCAAGAGCGCCAAUCGAAAGGACUUAACAGAUGAUAUUUGGUUCAACCAAAAGGAGAGAAGUUUGAGUGUUUGGGUGCUUGAUGGAGACUGGCAUAUGUUGCACAAGGAUAUUAAACUUCAUGAUUGGUUAGCAGAAGUAGAAUCUCAGUUGUUUGAUGGAUGUGAAUCAGCGGUAGAAUCUCAGUUGUUUGAUGGAUGUGAAUCAGGUGAGGAGGAUUGGGUGGAAGAAAUUGAGGUUGUAGGUUUCAGUCCAGUUGACAAAGAUGUGGUUCUACUUAGGUACUACAGGUAUGUUUGGGCAUACGACACCAGAAACAGGGUAUAUGAACAGCUUUGUCAUCCACCUUCUCUGCGUAGCAGUUUUCCCUCUGCUCGUCAUCUGAGUACUUCAGCGUUUGUUUUAAAACCAAGGCCGACAAUACUUCCGCCAGUUUCUUCGGAGUGACACAUCAAUUUUGGAAUCCCAAAUAUGAGAUAGAUAAUAAAGGAGCCCUUUGUCAUAUCUAAAGUUUUUAGCUGUGUUAAAGAAUCUUAAAUUUUUCCGUGCUUUUAGAGAAGUAAGAUUGCUAGUCUCUUGGGAUUGAAAUGUGUCAUGGACAAUCUAUGUAGGGUUGUCAGUUCUCAUUACAGGAAAGAUGGUUUUCUACUGUUCUUUAAUGCUUGUGAUAUAUAGUUUCCAAGUAUAGAGGAGGCUGAUUGUUUUUAGCAGAUGCUUAGGGAGUUUAUAAGUCAACCGUCAAAUUCAAGGAAGAGGGGGACUAUUCAAGUCUAUGGUGAUUGACCAAAGAAGAGGAUGGUGACUAUUCCAUCGGAACAAGCUGAAUUCAUGGACUUCCAUUGCUUUGCUAUUAUGUUUCAAUCCAUCCAAAGUUUUUUUUUUCUUUUAUGUAAUUCGGUGUUCAAAACUCAAGACUAAAAAGUACGAUGUUCCGCAUUAGCCUUAUUUUGCUUAUUUCCUUCGCGUACUCUCUGUUUUUGGCCCCCUG